UUCGCCUCGUAGACGGUCCUCCACGGUGCUGGCACACUCGCAAUCGUGCUUCGUAACCUUCGACCGCGUAUCGCGCACCUAACCUCGUCCGCAAUUGCUCGCGCGACCAUAAAACGACCGCCAGACGCAGUGACAUCGAGGAAUAAACAAGAGAACUCGCGAUUCUUAACUAUCCCACUGAAGUUCAUCGUGUUGAGUGAUUCAGUUAAACGUAACAGGAAUUUUUAGUUCGCGUACACGUGAAAUGUAAAGACGCGAUUAGCUGGAACAGUUCGCGCGCGAUCCACUUCGCGAGAAUCUCUCGAAUCGAUAACCCGCGAGCAUGAGCGAAUAUCGUGAUGGUCCGCGAAGAUCCCAACCGAUGACUGCUAACGAUAAAACUGCUCUCUGAGUGCGUUACUGCAACCGAUCCCGACAUCCUUGAGACGCCGUUGCUCCGCCGGCGCGUGGAUGACGGCGAACGGGCCAAGAAAAAAUCCUCGUUAUCGUUGUGGAAACAAACUAUUAGCGUAAGAUAGCAUUUCGUCGGAGCCGGCGCGCGACAGUUGCUCCGGUAAAAUAUGCCCGAGGAGGAAGGUCCACGGUGCAUCGCGAUCGUUCAGUGAUUCCAAAGACGUUGUUAAGUGUCACCUGACCGAGUGCCAGUGAUGGACAUUGCCUGGACAACGACUACCAGGUAGAUCUGCCAACAAGUCGAGCAUCGAAGACGUGGAGGAACGUUGUAUCAAAAGCGAAGCUCUAUGAAGACAUAGAGGGACGUUGCAACAAAGACAGGACUUCUUCGAGACGUAGAAGAUAGAAGAAGAUAUCAAAGAUAGAACCUGAUCGAGACGUAGAGGGACGUACUAUCACUUGGACGACGUGUAUUUCAGUGCAACAACGUGUAGAAAGAAACAAGCAUCAGUUCGAAGCUCAAAGUACCACCAGGUGAAUUCAAGGCGCACAUGUUCAAGCAGCCAGGGUCCCAAUCGGCGCCGAGAGCAGCAGAGAACCGCCCGAGGAAAUGACAAGUGCCCUGAACGAAGAGGUCCUCAACGACCCGAGGAAUUAGGUUCCCCGCGAACGACGUGAAUGUGCCCACCGAGCGAUCACGAUGGAACCGCGUGGGAUGAUGAUGUCGAACCUGUCGUGCGACGGCUGCGCGGACAGCGAUCGGGAUUCCGACAGCAGCAGCAUGAUCGUGGACCCGGUGAGUCUCGACAAGAACGAUUUGUCGCCGUCCCAGUCGUCGUCGAGCCCAAUAAUCCCCAGCUCCCCGGUGCCGGCCACGUCCUCGCGAAACCGCGGCGGUAGUCGUAGCAAGAAGAACUACACGAUGAUGUCCGCGAACGGUCAACAGAAGACGGCCACGGCGGGUCAGGCGACCUCCUACGGGAACGACAAGAUGUCCUCAUCCCUGAUCAAGCCACCGUACUCCUACAUAGCCCUGAUCACGAUGGCGAUACUCCAAUCGCCCCAGAAGAAACUCACCCUGAGCGGGAUCUGCGAGUUCAUCAUGUCGCGGUUCCCCUAUUACCACGACAAGUUCCCAGCUUGGCAAAACUCCAUCAGACACAACCUUUCCUUGAACGACUGCUUCAUCAAGAUACCCCGCGAGCCUGGAAACCCAGGUAAAGGGAAUUACUGGACCCUGGAUCCCCUGGCGGAGGACAUGUUCGACAACGGAAGCUUCCUGCGUCGCAGGAAGAGGUACAAGAGGCCUCCGCCUCAUUACGUCCUUCGCGAUCGAGCGAUCAUGGCCACUUUCGCCAUCUGCGGCGAUCGAGGACCCUGUCCAGGUGGCGGUGGCGGUCAUCCAGGGGCCCUGAGCUACCCCAGCGCGGCGUACCUGUCCCCACCACCUGGUCUGCCGCUGCUGGACUUCUCACCUUCGACUCUGGAGGCUUUGAAGCUAGGAGGCUUCCUAGAACCGCCGCCACCGUUGUAUAAACCAGUACCCAUCAGCGCUCCGCCGAUCAGGCAGCUGGACCCAACGCCCACGAGGUCAACGACGAUACCAACGAGUCAUCCCCCGGUGGACAAGAAGAGGAACUUCAGCAUCGACGCUCUGAUAGGGAAACAGGCCGCCAGCGAUCAGAACUGCGGCGGGCUGCUGGACCUCAGCCCGACGGAGCAUAGAGAGAUCAGAAGUCAGGCGUCGGCGUUCUCGCCUCUGAUCUAGAAAACACGGCGGAUGGAUCUCGAAGCUUCUGGUCUCCGAACUUUCGCAACAAAGGGUUUUGGUUCAGAGGGUUGUCGUUACUCGGGUGUCGAGUCUAUGGUCGUGGCUAAUUGUUUUUAGCUGAGAUAUUUGACGAGACUGGUCACCGGACGUGAUCGACGAGGACGCGACGUCCCUGGCCGAGAAGAGCUUCCAAGAGUUUUGGGGGUGUAUUUGAUCUUUCCUCUUCUAGCAAAGAAAGACGAUGAGCUUGGAAGAUGUUUGAGAAUCGCGAGACUCUAACGAGAUUCAAAACAAUUCAAUCCUCCACGGCUGAGACUUAAUGUGUCGUCAACAGUCUGAUUGUCAAUGUUACGAAUAUUCAAAGCGAAUCGCGAGUGGCGCGAUGGAAAGUAAAACGAUCUCAGAGGACCUGCUCACGAUACCAAAGUAUAGUCGAUGAACUUGUUACGAUUAAUUACGACUUGUGUAAAAAGACGCGGAUAGGAGAAACGAAUAAUUGUAAAAAAAAAGAAGUGUAGUGCAAUAGUGUAGUGAUUUGUUUAAUAUACCGAAAGCGUCCCUCCGUUCACUGACGAUCGAACGAUUCUUAGUGACUGUACGACCCUCGAGUGGUGAUGGGACCGAGCCAAUGACACGCGUAUCAAUUGCCAAGCGUUUUGUUGAGAUAUCGAAGUUGUCGUUGGUAUUAAUAAGACGUGCUUGACAUUUCUUGUAGUAUCGAUACGAUUCAAGCAUCAUCGAGGCCUCGACGAGAGACGUAGGUAGUCUGACAGCGGAGUUGUCGAUCAUUCGAUUAAAUAUGAAUACAUUCUUAUCUGGAUUAUUUUUUCCCGGGUGUGAACAAUUACAGGUGAUCAUUCAGGAAUUUAUUGAGUAAAUCUCUCUAGAUAUAUAUUUAUUUCUAUAUGUCUAGAAGAAUUAUUUUCAUCUUGAAAAUAAAUUGGUCAAAAAUAAAUACAAAAACAUUUAGGACACAUUGAUGUAGAUAAUGAUUAAAAUAACUUAAAAGAAGUCUUUACGUGAAUUAAUUUCGAUAACUUCAAAUUUCAUUUAAAUAAUUUUUAAUAAAAUUUGAAGCAUUGUACCGUCACGAAAACGUACAAUUAUGUUAAAUAAUAAUGCUUGCAGCGGCUGUUUUUCGUCUAACAAUCAUCAACUGUAAUUUCAUUUCCAAUUUAUAGUAAUUUAAAUCUCCAGUAACUUUAUUUAUCUCCAACCUGAUGCCACUGAUAGGUAUCGAUACGACACGCGUCUCAAGUCUCUAAAAGCCGUAUGAGGAUGUUCCUCGGAUGCGAGGGUAUCAAUGGCAAACGUAAAUGUACGUAUCAAACCAGUCCCAUCACCGCACUUGAUUCAUUUCGAUCGAAAUACGAUGUUCCAUUUCUCCCAGUCUUUCGUUCCUCGCGUUCUACUCGCUUGGUCCAAGAAUCAGCAGCCCCCCAGCACGUUGGCUCGUUCGUAAACGAUCGAUUAAUAUCGGCAUUGUAAAUACACACCCCCUCACGGACAAAUCUUUGCUCAGCUUUCUAUUGUUUGCGAGUGAGUGAGUGAGAGGCGGAGAGACUGGUAUCGAGUGACGGAAAGAGACGGGAGGUCAGUUCACUCGAACGGAUUUAAUGUAAAGCUCGAUUCGCCGUGUUCUUUGGGCAAGUAGACGUUUAGUGUACAUAGCGAUGCGAAAUAUAGGAAGCAUUUUGUGUAACGAAUAUUUGUUACCAUGGUGAACGAGAAAUUUCAAAAUGUUCUGGGUAAAGGUAAACGAGGUAAAUGGACCGAUCAUCGACAUGGCUAUUUUGUAUCAAUUUGCACGAUAAUAAAACACUUUAGAUACCAUUGUUGGUUAUAUUAUAGCGUGAGAAGAUGUUAUUGGGUAAUAAUAGGACCCUUUGAAACCAUUUAACGAGAAUGUCAAUGUUAAUAAAUUUAAUGUAUGGUUUAUUGAAAUUAAAAAGCAUAAUGCUCUCGUGAAAUUUUUACCAAAUAUGUUAUUCGAAUAAUAACGAAUUGUGCUGUCGAUGGCUGGGCUGUCGUGGAAAUUAGGUUUGCAUUUACCUCGCCUAUCGUUGUUUCUCGAGCAUCCGUCUUAUCUUCCGUUUUUUAAUCACGAUGUUUGUUAUGCAACGAAACGCAGACUUCUUACGGGCUGGGAGAUAGAUUAAUCCCGGACUCGCCUACUUUAUUGGCAAUGAAAAUGUUGACGUUCUACGCGAGAGGCAACCUCGCGAGCGGUUUUCGAUUUAAUUAAUCGGAAGUGCGAUCCAUCGAGUGAUAGAGUUAAUAUCGCUCGAGAACUCGAGCAUGCUAAGUUAAACCCCGGGUGGAGAUACUGUUAAGAUUAAAUUUACGGUAUCAGAUAAGUGGUUCAUUUUCCUAAAUUUUCCAGAAACAAGAUUCAUCUAAACAAAAUAAUCUAACAACUCCAAAAUGUAUUAUUCGGCGAUCAAAUUUUGUAUGGAAUUAGUAUUUCUGUGGACUGAUUUAUUCCAGAAUAAUUGGGUAGGUAAAUAAUACAUUUUCGAAUGAGAUGUAUUAUUUUUUAACGAUCCUGUGUACAAAGUAGAAAUAUUAUUAAUCAUGUCGAGAUCCUCUGAUCGAUCUCAAUCAAUUCAUUGUUCUCUUUAUGAUCAUUUCUUAAAAGCAAUGUGAAUCUACAUAUUUUAUUAAUUUGACAGUGUUUUCGUGCAAUAUUCCGAAAUAGUUAGCAGCCAACCUAACAGACAGGAACAAUUCAUAUAAUUCAACAAGUGCUCGAAUCCUUUCAGUUCUUUUUUUUCCAAUCGAUUUAUUCAGAUUUUUUUUACCCCAAUUCUCUACGAUCCCAAAAGAGCAAAAUAUUAAAAUCAAAACAACAUUUUUUUUUUAAUGGAACGUAUAAAAAUGAUUAAUACUGUGCCUCAGAUCACUGGAAUUUAUUCGUAUGACGGAUAUUGCAUACCAGAAAAGGCAUCUCACUCGUACCGAAAAAAAUUACAAAAAUAAACCUGUAACAGCCAGAGCACGAUUUUCCAAACGUUUAUAGCAUAUUCCAAUCACUGCAAUUAAUUCUUUCGUUCACAUGGACGAUAUUAAAUUUUAUAGAGAAUAUUCUUUAAUUAAUCGACAACUGUUAAAGUAACCUUCGUGGUUUAAAAAAAUAUACAAAAAGUGCAAUAAGAAUCCAAUGAGAAUGCAAUUCUCAUUGGAAAUAUUUUUUUUCUCCCUACCAGUGCGAUAUUAAUUUUAAUCUAAUUAAUUAACGAUUAUCCGGCUGAUUUCUUUGAUCGUAAAUUGUAAACAGAGGCUCGGGAAAUUUUUCAUCCGUAAGGCACAGGAAUACAAUUUUCCAAUCACUGGGAGCAUUUUCGUUCGCUGGCACGUAGAACGGGAUCUUUUUUGUGAAAAUUCUUUUCUGAUCGAUCGGCGAAUAUUAACGCGGUCCUAAAUUAAGGACCUGCACGGGUGCCAAAAAUUCGAUGGAUCCAAUAAAAUCGCACGAAGAAAGGUGGGGAAAAAUGACGAAA